AUGCCCGAACCAUUCGGCGCUUUCGGCUGGAUAUGCGCCCACACUCCUUUACCGCAGUGCAACCUGUUCUUCAAGCAGCUGUACGAUCACACGCCCGCAAGGCUAUCGCGCCUCUUCCCGUCCUCGUCAGACUUCUUCAGCAUCUAUGAUGUCAGCUCCACAUCAGCACGAGGCGAUCCAAACAUCGACGCGGCGGUACGGCAGGCCGGAGCGGGAUUAGGGGCGAGCUGCGAGAUUGCUCGAGCGGGACAAAGAGGGAGUCUGGGGGAUAUCGCGCUGGUCGUGCUCUCGGCGCUGUCAUUCGUUCUGGCGGUGGGAUUGAUCGUGCACGCAUCAAGGAGAAAGGCUGCUGUAGGGAGAUCAGAGAUAACGAUGUUCUUGGGGGUGUAUGGUCUGCAUUCGGUCUUCCAGAUAGUAACGAUGUCGUCCCUACUCCGGCAAUCAUCCACAGCCCUCGCCGUCGUCUCCGCCAUACACCUCGCCCUCUUCGUCGCCCUCUUCUGGAUACUGCUAGGCAACGGCAUCAUCGCUACCCAGAUCGUCGAGGACGGCACACCGGCAGCACUCAUCCCCCUAUCCAUCAUCGCCCUCCUCUUCUUUGGCGGAACGCUAUACGUCGCGCUCGAUACGGGCUUGUCCCUCACUUCCGCAUUCACAUUCUCGAACGGCGAUGUCGAGUAUCUGCAGGCGAUCACGCUGUUCGUCUUGACGCUGAUAUGGCCUGCUGCGGCUAUCGUGCUGUACCUGGCGAUUAUGCUCUGGAUCACGCUGAGCAAGCUGAGGGAAACCAAGCCGGCUAUGCUCUACAUCGCCGCUUUCGCCCUCUUCGCUGCCGCGCAAGUGGUCUUCUUCCUCGCUUCGCAGCCUCUCUGCAAGGCAUCCGGAUCUAAAAUCAACUCGGCGUUCUUAGCGACAUUACUCAACUCUGGAGCAGUAGGAGUGCUAUACUGGGCAUGGAUGGUCAUAACGGAGGAUACUUGGAAAGAGGGAGAGUACGAAUAUGGGUAUACCUACUAG